CCGCGCAGGCGCCCGGUGGCGGCCCGCGGACCGCGCAGGCGCGGCUUUCAGGCCAACAUGGCCGUGCUGCUGCUGCUGCUCCGUGCCCUCCGCCGGGGUCCAGGCCCGGGUCCUCGGUGGUGGGGCCCAGGCCCGGCCUGGAGUCCAGGUUUCCCCGCCGCGCCCGGGAGGGGGCGGCCGUACAUGGCCAGCAGGCCUCCGGGGGACCUCGCUGAGGCUGGAGGCCGAGCCCUGCAGAGCUUACAAUUGAGACUGCUAACUCCUACCUUUGAAGGGAUCAACGGAUUGUUGUUGAAACAACAUUUAGUUCAGAAUCCAGUCAGACUCUGGCAACUUUUAGGUGGUACUUUCUAUUUUAACACCUCAAGGAUGAAGCAGAAGAAUAAGGAGAAGGAUAAGUUGAAGGGGAAGGCGCCUGAAGAGGACGAAGAGGAGAGGAGACGCCGUGAGCGGGAAGACCAGAUGUACCGAGAGCGGCUGCGCACCUUGCUGGUCAUCGCGGUUGUCAUGAGCCUCCUGAAUGCUCUCAGCACCAGCGGAGGCAGCAUUUCCUGGAGCGACUUUGUCCACGAGAUGCUGGCCAAGGGCGAGGUGCAGCGCGUCCAGGUGGUGCCUGAGAGCGACGUGGUGGAAGUCUACCUGCACCCUGGAGCCGUGGUGUUUGGGCGGCCUCGACUAGCCUUGAUGUACCGAAUGCAGGUUGCAAAUAUUGACAAGUUUGAAGAGAAGCUUCGAGCAGCUGAAGAUGAGCUGAAUAUCGAGGCCAAGGACAGGAUCCCAGUUUCCUACAGGCGAACAGGAUUCUUUGGAAAUGCCCUAUAUUCCGUGGGGAUGACGGCAGUGGGCCUGGCCAUCCUGUGGUGUGUUUUCCGUCUGGCCGGGAUGACUGGAAGGGAAGGUGGAUUCAGUGCUUUUAAUCAGCUUAAAAUGGCUCGUUUCACGAUUGUGGAUGGGAAGAUGGGGAAAGGAGUCAGCUUCAAAGACGUGGCAGGAAUGCACGAAGCCAAACUGGAAGUCCGCGAGUUCGUGGAUUAUCUGAAGAGCCCAGAACGCUACCUCCAGCUUGGCGCCAAGGUCCCAAAGGGCGCACUGCUGCUUGGCCCCCCUGGCUGUGGGAAGACGCUGCUGGCCAAGGCGGUGGCCACGGAGGCUCAGGUGCCCUUCCUGGCGAUGGCCGGCCCGGAGUUCGUGGAGGUCAUUGGAGGCCUCGGCGCUGCCCGCGUGCGGAGCCUCUUCAAGGAAGCCCGAGCCCGGGCUCCCUGCAUCGUCUACAUCGAUGAGAUCGACGCGGUGGGCAAGAAGCGCUCCACCACCAUGUCCAGCUUCUCCAACACGGAGGAGGAGCAGACGCUCAACCAGCUUCUGGUAGAAAUGGAUGGAAUGGGUACCACAGACCAUGUCAUUGUCCUGGCGUCCACGAACCGAGCUGACAUUUUGGACGGUGCUCUGAUGAGGCCAGGCCGACUGGACCGGCACGUGUUCAUUGAUCUUCCCACGCUGCAGGAGAGGCGGGAGAUUUUUGAGCAGCACCUGAAGAGCCUGAAGCUGACCCAAUCCAGCACCUUUUACUCCCAGCGUCUGGCAGAGCUGACACCAGGAUUCAGUGGGGCUGACAUCGCCAACAUCUGCAAUGAGGCUGCGCUGCACGCGGCGCGGGAGGGACACACUUCCGUGCACACUCUCAACUUCGAGUACGCCGUGGAGCGCGUCCUUGCAGGGACUGCCAAAAAGAGCAAGAUCCUGUCCAAGGAAGAACAGAAAGUGGUUGCGUUUCAUGAGUCGGGCCACACCUUGGUGGGCUGGAUGCUGGAGCACACGGAGGCCGUGAUGAAGGUCUCCAUAGCCCCUCGGACAAACGCCGCCCUGGGCUUUGCUCAGAUGCUCCCCAGAGACCAGCACCUCUUCACCAAGGAGCAGCUGUUUGAGCGGAUGUGCAUGGCCCUGGGGGGGCGGGCCUCGGAAGCGCUGUCCUUCAACAAGGUCACUUCCGGGGCACAGGACGACCUGAGGAAGGUCACCCGCAUUGCCUACUCCAUGGUGAAGCAGUUUGGGAUGGCACCUGGCAUCGGGCCCAUCUCCUUCCCUGAGGCACAGGAGGGACUCAUGGGCAUCGGGCGGCGCCCCUUCAGCCAAGGCCUGCAGCAGAUGAUGGACCAUGAAGCAAGACUGCUGGUGGCCAAGGCCUACAGACACACCGAGAAGGUGCUGCAGGACAACCUGAACAAGCUGCAGGCGCCUCCCCUUGUGUCUCUCAGGCGGGCACUGUGUGUCACGUGGGGAUCGUGUUUGGGGCCCUCAGAGUGUUGUCCCCAACCAGCAGCAGCAGCUUCUGGGCAGAUGUGGGCAUUGCUGUCCCCGGCUGAAGCAGGCCUGCCUGUGGACACGUGCUUGUCACGGUUGACAAAGCAGCUCUGCAGAGUUCAGGUGCACCAUAGUGGGAGCCACAACAGGGCAAAGCUGCAGGCGAGGCUUCUCACUGGCUGAGGAGUGGCGUGUCUGCCCCGUGUGUGAACUGUCAGCCACUCAGACACUCAGUGGGUUGCAGAACUUAGUAAAAUCUCAUACCAGCCCUAGAGAGGAAGUGUUUGUCUCUUGCAAUACAGCCACAGGUAAAUCACCCUAGCUUCAGGGGUUACCAUUUUCUUUAGAAAAUCUGGAAGAGUGAGGAAAGGAGCAGGCAAUUAACAACAACAAAAAAAUCUGGAAGAGUUCUGCCUUCACAGAAACCAAUGAAAUGUGGCUGUGGCAGUGUUUUCUGUGGUCGGGCCAGGCCACCUCAGAGGCCACCCCAGAGGCAGGGCCACCGGCACAGGACAGUUGGCAUCUCAAGUGUUUUCCAGGAUCCCACCUAGAGUGGCAGAAAUUCACUUCCCCAAAUUGAGAGGUCCCAGCUCACACAACUUCGCCUCAGAUUCCUUCUCCCAGUGUUGCUCUCCUCAGUCAGGAGGGUUCAGCGUUUUACCCGUCUCCUUCCCUGUAGACACGCACGCCUUGUUUGGUGAAAGAAAUUGCAGUUGCCAAAAAUAAGCCAAGAUUUUGAAUGGAAGUAGAAAAAUUAAUGAGGCUGGCCGCCGGAAAAUCAUUUAUGAGGUUGAGAUGGGGGUGAUUCUUCUUUCGGAGCUGCCUCCGUGCCUCCGCCUCCCUGGGAAAGUGGCCUGUCCCGGGUGUCCUGCACACAGACAGGCCCUGACGCCUCUCGCCACCUCCCCAGGACAGAGAGAUGCU